AUCAGUAACUUUUGCUCAGUUUUGCAAUAUCUUUGAAUAUGAUAUACGUAAUAUUAAUAAUUAUUGUGGUAACAUUGGUGCUUUUGCACCUAUACAUCAACUACCAUGAGGAGGCCAGAGAGUUUCUGAAGAUACCCGGACUGAAGGACAGAUUCUUGAUUGGGAAUGCUUUGGAAAUAUUUAUAUCGCCAGAUAAACUUUUUGAUUUAAGGGCUGCAGUGGCUAAACAGUUCAAAGGGAUAUUCAGAUUUUACUCGUACCCUUACAAAUCUAUAAUUAUUUAUAAUCCGGAAGAUGCCGAGAUUAUAUUGUCUGGUAUGAAAUUUUCCGAGAAAUCUCGUAUAUAUGAAAUUAUCAAGCCGUGGUUGGCAGAUGGAUUACUUCUCAGCAGUGGUGCAAAAUGGCAACAAAGAAGAAAGAUCCUGACACCUGCCUUUCAUUUUGAUAUUCUUCGUCAAUUCCAUAUAACUAUGGAGGAGAACAGUAAACAAUUGACGGAAACCUUAGAGAAGAAUAUAGAGGAAACUAUUAAUAUCAAGCCCGUUAUCACUGAUUACACGCUCAACACAAUUUGUGAAACAGCAAUGGGAACGAAGUUGUCAGAGGAAACCUCAGCUGCAGGAAAGACUUAUAAAAAUGCAGUACUUGAACUUGGUAAAACGUUUGCAGAGCGCUUCAUAAAAGUGUACUUAUUCUUCGAGUUUAUUUUUAGUUUGUCUUCAUUGAAGACUAAACAGCAGAAGACUAUACAAAUUGUGCAAAAAUUCACAGAAGAAGUUAUUAAUAAGAGAAAGGAAUACAUAGAUCAAAAUGGGUCAGUUAUUAAUCCUACAGAACCGUACGGAGAUGGUGUUUAUAAGAAAAGAAAGAAAGCUGCUUUUUUAGAUCUAUUACUUGCUGCUGAGAAUGAGGGGCAAAUUGAUAGAAGCGGAAUACAAGAAGAAGUUGAUACAUUCAUGUUUGAGGGCCACGACACAACAGCAUCUGGGAUUACAUUUCUACUUCUGAUGCUUGCAAAUCAUCAAGACAUACAGGAAAAAGUUUAUCAGGAAAUGAAGAGCAUCUUUGGUGAUUCCACGAGACCAGCUACUACUGAUGAUUUAGCUCAAAUGAAAUACUUGGAACUUUGUAUAAAAGAGACUUUAAGGCUUUAUCCACCAGUUCACUUAGUGGCAAGGAAGUUAAAGGAACCGGUAAAGUUGAGUAAUUACAAUAUCCCAGCUGGAACCGAGUGCCUAAUUUUUAUAUUUGACCUACAUCGCCGCGAAGACUUAUAUAAAAAUGCUCUGACUUUUGAUCCUGAUAGAUUUUUACCUGAAAACAGUGUUGAUCGACAUCCAUACGCUUACAUACCUUUCAGUGCUGGACCUAGAAAUUGUAUAGGUAAAAAGUUUGCAAUCAUGGAAAUGAAAUCAGCAACAUCAGCAAUUAUUCGACGUUUUAAACUUGAAGCAAUAACCAAACCAGAAGAAAUAAGGUUUGUUGGUGAUAUGAUUUUGCGAUCCAUUGAUCCAAUUUAUAUGAAGGUUGUCAAAAGAAAAAUAUAAAAUCUAAAAAUUAUUACAGAAUCUCCCUAGUUCACUAUAUUUUUAAAAUUUUUGUAAAAUGUCAAUAUUUGACUUGUAACGUUAAAGAAUUCCACUCGCAGUUAUUAGUUUAUUUUUAUAUCCAUAUUUUUGAUAAUCAUACGUAUUAUGUAAAUAGUAAUUUUACAUUUUAUAAAUUCAUAUCUAUGUAUUAUUACAUAUAUAAUAUAAAAUAAAAAUAAAUAAUAAAAUAAUAAUAUAAAAAUCAAAACAGUUGCUUAUUACUACGACUAUUAUCCACUACUAUACAUUUCUGAAAGAUGACCCGAAAUUUCUCAAUUGGCUGUGCCCUGUGCGUUCUUAAUUACACCACGAGACGGAUAUAACUAGUUCUAAAGCCUGAUGUAGUUGUGUUUACCGUGUUAUGAACGGGGGUUGAAUUCUUGUUGAAAAUAUAUAACAGUUCGAAUAUAGGUAGGUAUACAUUAAUAACAUUUUUUUGGAAUUUGUGUUUGUUAAGACAAAAUUCGUAAAAGUUUAAAGUAACAUAUGUACAAUAAUUUUAAUCCAAAUGUAUUUACAUGAGCAAAAUUAAUAUUGCAUAAACUUUUAGAAUGUACAAA